AUGGAAGAUUUUAAUAACGAUGCUAUGACUGUUGAACACCACAAAAUCCAUUAUUAUGAAAAUGGUGGAAAUAUUUUCAUUAAGGCCGAAAAUACAAUAUUUCUUCUACAUAAAUCAAUUCUUUCAUUAUCUUCAGAAUUCUUUGAAGAUUUAUUUAAACUCUCAAAACCUUCAACUAAUGAAAAUGUAAACAUUAUUGAAGGGACACAACAAUCAUCAAAUACAUUUCCUACAAUUGAGAUCAAUGGUGAAACUUCUGAAUCAAUUGAAAGAAUGUUAUCAUUUAUUUAUCCAAAUACUUUUGUUGAAAUAACUUGGGAUAAUGUUAAAGAUUUUUUACGAAUUUCGGACAAAUUCAUUAUUAAUAAACUUUUAAAAAGUUGUUCCGGAUUUCUUUUACAACAUUAUCAAGAAAAUAUUUUAUUAUCAUUUACUUUAGCUGAGAGAUACAAUCUUGGUACUGUCUUCAAGGAAUCUUCUAAACUUUUAUUAGAUGAUUUACAAAAAUAUCGUUCAGAACCUAUUUACGAUGAAUUAUCUUUAAGAACAAAACUUAAACUAAUGGAUGCUUGGUAUCAUUAUACAAAUUCUUUACAUAAAUACUUUAAAAUUGUUAGUAAAAGAGCGCCAAAACAAUUUAGAGAGUUUCUACAUUAUGAAUCUCCAAAUUUUUUUUUGAAACCCUCAAAGUUCUCUAAAUUUUAUAACGAUUGUGAAAUCAGAUUUUCACGUGUUCAUUACGAAAAAACAAUACCAACUAUUGAAGAAUUAUUAAAAGAUUACGAAGAAUUGGAAUUUCAACCAAUUCAACUAGACAAAGAUAACAAAGAUAACGAACAUAAUUCAUAUUUCUUCAGAAUUAAACCUGAAAUUCGAAGAUACAUUUUCAUUGAAUUGAAAAAUUAA